AGUGAUGCAGUGAACCUGGCCAUUGAAAACAUGUGCAAGAAGAUGAGACAACUUCGUAGACAGCUGCGGAAAGCAAUAAUCGACCACAUGUCGGACUCUUUUCUGGACACUACCGUCCCACUCCUGGUCCUGAUUGAAGCUGCAAAACGUGGAAACGAAAAGGAUAUCAAAGAAUAUGCCACUAUAUUCAGAGACCAUGCAAGUAAACUGGUGGAGGUGGCUAACCUUGCUUGCUCAAUGUCAACCAACAAAGGAGGAAUCAAUAUUAUUCAAAUGGCAGAACAGCGCAUCGAGACCCUGUGUCCACAGGUCAUCAAUGCUGCUCUGGCUCUUGCUUCCUCCCCAAAAAGUCAAAGCCUCCAGAGCAACGUGGAGGUGUAUAAGAAGACCUGGGAGAGCCAUGUCCGUCUCCUGACUGAAGCAGUUGAUGACAUUACCAGCAUCGAUGAGUUUCUCGCCAUCUCUGAAAGUCAUAUUCUAGAAGAUGUGAAUAACUGCAUCAUCUCUUUGAGGGAGAAGGAUCCCGAUACCCUGGAUUGCGUUGCAGGGGCAAUUCGAGGGCGGGCUGCUAGGGUUGCCCACAUUGUCAGUUGUGAGAUGGAAAACUACGAGCCUGGAGUCUACACUGAAAGUGUGAUGAGAAGUGUCCAGUACCUGGAGGAAUUUGCAGUUGCAGAGUUUGUCGCACAAGUGAAUGUUGCAUUGGAAAAGCUCGGCAGGGAAUCCACUUCCCAGUUUGAUGACAGUGACUUUGUGGAGUCCUCCAGGAAGGUCUACGAUGCAGUUCGUGAUAUCCGAAGUGCUGUUCUGAUGAUCAGGACACCUGAAGAGCUUGAAGAUAUCUCUAACAUUGAGGAUGAUCAUGAUGUACCAAGUCACACCAGUGUUCAGUCCGAGGGAAAAUCUGACAGGGCUAAAAUGACAGAACUACCAGAAGAGGAAAAAGCUAAGAUUGCUGAACAGGUUGCGGAUUUCAAGCAGGUUAAGAGCAGACUGGAUGCAGAGAUUGAGAUUUGGGAUGAGACCAGCAAUGACAUCAUUGUACUUGCCAAGAAGAUGUGCAUGAUCAUGGUGGAGAUGACUGAUUUCACCAGAGGAAGAGGCCCCUUGAAAAAUACAUCUGACGUCAUCAAAGCAGCCAAAACAAUUUCCGAUUCUGGCAACAGGAUGGAUGUGUUAGUGCGUCAGAUCGCCAACCAGUGCCAAGAUCAAUCUUGUAAACAAGACUUAUUAGCGUACCUGGAGCAAAUCAAGCUCUAUUCUCAUCAGCUCAAGAUCUGCAGCAAAGUCAAAGCUGAGAUCCAGAAUCUGAGUGGGGAGCUCAUUGUUUCUGCAUUGGACAGUAUUACUUCCCUCAUUUUGGCUGCCAAGAAUCUGAUGAAUACGGUGGUGGACACGGUGAAGAUGUCGUACAUCGCAUCAACCAAGAUCAUCAGAUUGCAGAGCCCCUCGGGAGCGCUUCACUCUGUCGUCAUGUGGAGAAUGAAGGCUCCAGAGAAGAAAGAUUUGGUCAAGCGUGAGAAGCCUGGGGAUCUCAGAGCCGUGGUGCAGAAAGGUUCGACCAAGAAGAAGAUUCACCCUGUUCGAGCUAUGAGUGAAUUCAGAGGAAGAAACACUCCCUAAAACCACAAUACAUUUGGGUGAACUGCUUGUUGAAUUGUGUUUUUGAAGCUUGCCAAAUAGGUUUAUAGAAUAAAUAGUCGUUAAAAGACCAUGCCCGUUUCGUUUACCCUCACCCUGAUAGUCCUGGUGGAAAGGUGAAGGGUUUGGAGAGCCAAUCUCUGUCAAUAAGUCUAUUACACAACCUGUCAGGAAGUGAGAUAACCCCAAGGGAAGUGGAGUUCGUGGUUCCCCGCUUCCACACUCACUAAGUACAGGAGAACAUAAUUCACAAUGCAACUCCUUCUAGGACAAGGGUAACUAUCAACCAUCAGUCUAGUUAAAAUUCAGGCUAUAGCUGCACGGAUGGGCAGAAUGUGGAAUUCUACUGAAAUAGACAUGUAGCAUAUGGAGAUCAUCACUAGGUAUAUCUUCAGCUGUCCCAAACAUUGUGUAAAAGGAUCUAGAGUAAUGUAGCAACCAUGUGUAUCUUGAUAAAAUGAAAUUAACUUUAGUUGGUAGGCUCCACGCAUAUAUUAUUUGUUUUAAGGAAACACUAUAAAGUGUAAUUCACCAUCCUGACAAAACAUUACUUGGAACUAGCAUCAGAGAAACAGCAUUCAUCCAGAGGAACUUUAACCGGGUUUCUCCUCCAUGUGGGCCCCUCUGUCCUAAUUCCCCACAGAGCUCCAAGUGCCUGUAAAUUCACAGUAUAAAUUGAACUGUCAUAACCAUCCUGAUAAAUGGAGUGAUACAGGAGUGGCAUUCAGACCUCGGGUAACAGAUGCAAGGUCCUAUCCUCUGAUCACAGUCAAAAGCGGUUUGAAAGGAUCAAAAUAAAGUGGGGAAUAUUUUAGAAAUAGGUAAAAUUCUGAAAGUGAAUUUAGUUAAAAUAUAUAUAACCUAUAUAAACUAAACUGAAAGCAUGACGUUAAAAAAAGAACUUAAAUUCAGGUUAAACCCCAUUGUAGUGAAGGGAAUUAUGCUACAUCCACCUUGGCCAGGGUAAAACUGAGGGGCCAGAUGAGAAGUUUAUCUGGCUGCUCUGCUUGACUGGACUUUGCUGCUGGGCUCUGAGUGGAGAUCUGCAGAAGUAGGAUCUCAGGCAUGCCAAUAUCUUAGAAUCACAGAACACAGGACAGCUUGCAGAGCUUUCCUAAGUGUCACAUCACCGUGCAUAGAUAUGGAUAUCAGAGUGCAGGGACCGCGGGGUCCUACCUUCACUACUCCUCCUAUGAAGCACUCAAUUAUCCACCAUUCACAUCAUUAAAAUGCAUAGGGGACAAUGUUGAAUGGAAUAUUACAGGUAAGUUAUACAAUAACAAUUUGAAAAGUUAAUCACUUUUCAUUUUAGCUUUUAAAACCUUCAAUAAUCGCCAUCCCAUUUCCUGUCCCUUACUCACUGGAGAAAUUAUGUUCACCAACAAAGUCUUGAUCAAUUCGUGCUGUUUCGAAGGAACUGUUUGAAAUCCCGACUGGGGUUCUUUUGAAAUUUUGGUAUGUAGUGACAUUGCCUUGAACAAAUAUUUGUCCUUUUAUUUGAAUAGAUCCAGCCUGGACUGAAAGCAUUUGGAUUCCCCUUCUUUGCUCCUAUCUGGUGAAGCUAAUAACCAGAAGUUAAAACUUAGAAGUGCAAUUUCUUAAAGUUUCUUCCAUGAUAUUGUAGUACUUGGCGCCAACAGCAAUGCCUCAGCAGAAUGAGACAAAGCACUCUAUUACAGUGUAACUAACAAUAACUCGGGGCACUGACACAGGGUUUACUCUCUGCAAUCCAAUUAAACCAAAGUCUAAAACAAAUCACAGAAUCACCACCAGAGUGCAUUUCUACAAAUGGAUUAUGCAUAAUACAACUUCAAGCUAUAAUCCUGAGUUUCUCAGUAAAUGUACAAAUGAAAUAAUAUAUCAAAGUUGCUGGUAGUUUAAAAAUCAGAAUCCAAUCUGGCAUUAUCAUUUCAUUAAAAAUAUAUAUUGCUCCACAUAAUUUAUUACAGGUACUGAAUCAUGGAGAACGAAUGAUCUGUGUGGCAGAUACUGCACAGCGUAACUCAUCUUUCAAUCUUCUACUCAAAGUAGGAGAUAAUUUAAAAAAUACAGAGAAUAAAUUUGGUAUUGUUGUUAAUAACUGCUCUGUUCUAAAUGCAUACAUCACAGCACUUUGUAGAUUUGCCUGUUAUACAAUUAAUAUAUUAACAAAAUAUAUUGUAUUUCCUUAAUGACAAUAGCUGUAAGACCAAGUUUGAAAGAAUGGAAUUUAUCACGAGCAUUAUGCACUAAUUUCUUGAGUUCCAAAGGUAAAGUGCUAUAAAACAAUAGCAUUAAAUCUUCAAAGAACUAAUAGUAUGUUAGCAUGAUUUUCAGACAUUACCACAGAUUAUAAUUCAAUGAAACGGCAAAAUAUAUGAUUCAGCAGUGUAAUGAUUUUAUUAUAAAUCCAUCCCUUCUCUUGCAAUUCCUCCUUAGUCCUUAAGAGUUAAUAAUUCUAAUAGGAAGAUUUAUCUGACCAAACCUUAACUAUUAGUUUAAGAUUAUGCAUCAGUUGGGUUGCAAACAAAAUCCUCACAACAGUCGCGCAGGAAAAUACAAGUGGAAAUUUAAUCAAGUUACUGGUUGAAAUCAUCCUGCCAGUAUCUCAAAAGUAAUGUGCAAUGCAAACAUUCUUUCCUGCAUGCCUUUGCAUCUCCAUUUCCCUCCAGUAUCUCCCUUCCUCUCGUUCCCAAGACACAGUUGCAAACUGUGGAUCAACAAUAUUAUCGUUCAAGAUCUACUGCACGCCCGUGGAAGUAAAAUAGCUGCAACUGAGCCUUGGGCAGGGAGCAAUAAUUUUCCUCUAGCUUUAAGUGAAAGGAAUGCGGAUAAAAAAUUUUAAGUUCCAGCUAACCGAAAGAAAUUUCUUUAAAGAGGUUGCGACAUUUAUUUAGAUAAUUAAAUUAAUUGAUUAUUAAAAUUAAAUGUAACUUUUCAGUUUAGCAGAAAUUACAGCUUAUACUACAUUCUUCCAUUUAUUUCCUUUGGCAGUUUAUUCAGUAAUUACAAGGUUAUGACAUAAGCUGCUAUAUCACCAUUUUAUUCAAAAUGUAUCAGCUCAGCAAAAAAAUUAAUGCAAAAUGUGACAAUUUUAUUGGGCCCUUGCCUCAUUCAGAUUUCAUUACUUUAUGAGUUCAGGUUGACCAUUUUAUGAGCUCAGUCUGAGAAUUAGUUGUGAUAUACCGACAGAGUCUUUCAUUCUUACACAACCUCUGUAGAAUAAACACAGUGAUGAUUCAACAUCAUUGUCAAAGUGGAUUGUAAAGACAAAAAAAUCUUACAAUUACAGUCUCGGGAUAAAUGUUGAUAUAUCUGAAUGUAUUAGCACCCAGAGCUGUACUGAAGUGUGAACAAAUCGCAAUAAUCAUAAAUCCUUCUUGCCAAAAUGUGUUUAUGAAAGCCAUAUUUUUCUUGAAUACAUUAGCUUUGAAAGAAAUGACGCACCAAUUCACCAAAAUGACAUUGAAUUUUGAAAGAAAUAACAUAUGGGGAAGUUUGCAUAAACUAAGUUUGAAAUGCUGGAGGACAGAAGAAUCCCCAGUUGCUGGAAUGUGGAACAAGAAGCAGAAUAAUGGAAGAAUUCAGUGGAUCAAACAACAUCUAUAGAGGCAUAAAGUGUGAAUUGACAUUUCGAGUUAAAACCCUGCAUCAGGACACCAUAAUGUUUGUAAGUUUAGAGCUGAAAGAGUUUAAAUUCAUAUGUGAGUUACAGUUACAAAGCAAAGACAGUUUAAUGGUGUACUACAGCAGUUGUCCCCAAACUCUGGGCCGCGGACCGAUACCGGGCCGCGAAGCAUGCAGUGGUGCAGUGGUAGCUGGGACGCACCCAGCACAUCUUUAAGAAA